AUUUUCCAAGCCAGUGUGCAAUCCACAAACCCUGCGCCAUCAAUCCACUGCUGCCACACACACAUUACCACCCCACCCAAUCACACGUGUGGUUGCUUCGCCGCUUCCAUCCCGUCCAUCCACAUCUCCGUCCUUUCCAUCACACUCAACACUUAACACCUUUCUUGCACCCGCACGUACCCCCUCACACACACACACACACAGCGCGCCAUGAUCUGUGGUCAAAGUAGUCGGUUAGCCCGGCUGGCAACAACACCCGUCUGGGUGCGCCAUGCCUCGCUGAUUACCCACCGCCAUCAACUGAGCGAUCCCCGCAUCGCGCGCCGCGUCGUGAUCAAGCUCGGCUCGGCAGUGAUCACCCGGCAGGACGAAGUCGGUGUCGCCCUUGGCCGCAUGGCCUCCAUCAUCGAACAGGCCUCUGAGCUCCAGCAGCAGGGCCGCGAGGUGAUCCUCGUCACCAGCGGUGCCGUGGCCUUUGGCAAGCAGCUCCUGCAGCAGCAGCACGCGCUGUCGCGGUCCAUUCGACAGACGCUCAAGGUUGGCGGCCGCCAUACCCUCGGCGGCGUCGAUCCCCGCGCCGCCUCCGCCGCUGGCCAGGGUGGCCUUGUCUCCCUCUACCAGUCCAUGUUCUCCCAGUACGGCAUCACCUGUGCCCAGGUGCUUGUCACCAAGAACGACUUCCGCGCCCGCUCCACCGUCAACAACCUCACCGAUACCCUCAACGAGCUUCUUUCCAUGAACGUCAUCCCCGUCAUCAACGAGAACGACGCCGUGUCCCCGCCAGGCAUGCAGGACGCCGACCUUGACGGCGUGCUCAGCGUACUUGACAACGACUCCCUUGCCGCCAACGUCGCCAAGCAAGUCGGCGCCGAUGCCCUCCUCCUCCUCUCCGACGUCGAUGGCAUCUACAGUGGCCCUCCUGACAAGAAGACGUCCCGUCUCCUGGACCGGUACUGCCCGAGCAAGGACCCAGACGUCACCUUUGGCGGCGGCUCCAAGGUUGGCCGUGGUGGCAUGCAGGCCAAGGUCGACUCUGCCACGUGGGCUUGGCGCAACGGCACCGCCGUCAUCAUCGCCAACGGAACCAAGCUCAACACCAUCAAGGCCGUCACCUCUGGCGAGCGCGUGGGCACCUUCUUCACCAGCGAGGAGUCGAUGCGCGCCAACGUGGAGGAGCAAUGCAAGGCGGUCCGCAGCGGCGGCCGCAAGCUGUCCCAGCUGCCUGCCGACCAGCGCCGCGCCAUCAUUGAGCGCCUUGCAGACCUCCUUCUCGAGCGCGAGUCUGAGAUUAUGAAGGCCAACCAGCGCGACAUCAAGGCUGCCGUUGCCUCCAAGACCUCCGAUGCCCUCGUUGCCCGCCUCUCCCUCACCUCGUCCAAGCUCAAGUCCCUCGCUGACGGCCUUCGCCAGAUUGCCGCCGGCUGCGAUACGCACAUUGGCCACAUCCUCAAGAAGACAAAGAUUGGCGAGGGUUUGGUGCUGCAGCAGGAGACUGUGCCCAUUGGCGUGCUGAUGGUCAUCUUCGAGUCCCGCCCCGACUGCCUGCCCCAGGUCUCUGCCCUCGCCAUCGCCAGCGGCAACGGCCUCCUCCUCAAGGGCGGCAAGGAAGCAAAGCACAGCAACGCAUACCUCCACAGCCUCGUGCAAGAGGCGCUCUCGAUGCACGUUGAUCCCCAGACCGUCACACUCGUCAGCACCCGCGAGGGUGUCUCCUCCCUCCUCGAGCUUGAGGGCAUGAUUGACCUCAUCAUCCCACGCGGCAGCAACGAACUCGUGAAGAACAUCCAGGACCAGGCUGGCGGCAUCCCCGUGAUGGGCCACGCCGAUGGCAUCUGCCACGUGUACAUGGACAAGGACGCCGAUCCGCAGAAGGCCAUCGAGGUUGUCAUCGACGCCAAGACAGACUACCCUGCCGCAUGCAACGCCAUGGAGACGCUGCUCGUGCACCGCGACCUCGUCAACACGGACGCCUUCAACGACGUUCUUCGCGGACUCAAGAAGGCCGGCGUGAAGGUGCACGUUGGUCCCCGCCUGGACGAGCUUGUUGCGCUUGGCGGUCCCCCUGUCGACGACUACCACAUUGAGUACGGCGAGCUCGAGUGCACCGUCGAGGUCGUUGAUGACACCGACGCAGCCAUUAACCACAUUCACGACUACGGCAGCUCCCACACGGACGUGAUCCUCACAGAGAACAAGGACACCGCCAAGAAGUUCCUGAACGAGGUUGACAGCGCGUGCGUCUUCUGGAACGCCAGCAGCCGCUUUGCCGAUGGCUACCGCUUUGGCCUUGGUGCUGAGGUUGGCAUCUCCACAUCGCGCAUCCACGCCCGCGGUCCCGUUGGCGUUGAGGGUCUGCUGACGACCAAGUGGAAGCUCGUUGGCCACGGCCACACCGUCAAGGAGUUCAACACGGGCGAGCUCGACUAUGUCUUUGAGAAGCUGCCUCUCGACUCUGGUGACGCCGCAGACGACGCGUAAACCCCAGCGCAAGUCCCAAGUCAUUUUUGUACCUCCCUCUCCCAAACAAGCCAAACUAUUCCCCGUUGUGUUUUUGUGAGUGUAUGUGAGUGUAUGUGUGUCAGGUUGUUACACGUGUGUUGUUGGACAACGGCUGCCCCGCCUUUCCUUGUCUCUCCACCAUCUCCAUUCUAUGUGUAGUUUGACCGAAACCGUGUAGCUGUUGUGCUUGCGUCUCCACUUGUCUCCUGUUGUGCAUGUGCGUGCGCUUUUCACACGCCGCUCUCUUGCAGCUCCCGUGUGUUCCGUGAUGUCCUUGUCAUGAUAGUGUUGUGUGUGUGUGUGUGUGUGUGUGUGCGUGUGUGUGUGUGUGUGUGUGUGUGUGUGUGUGUGUGUUUUCUUUUCCCCUCUCCCGUGUCUGUCUCUCUU